GUAAAAACAACGUGCGCAAAUGUACAUGUAGCUGGGUAAGCGAGAAUGUCAAUGAGUGAUGUUAUGUAUUGUACGCAGAAACAGUUGUUAUUCAUCACCGACCCCUAUUGAUUAAAGCGAGUGUACAUUUUCAGUUGUCACUAUGGUGUUGCCGGGCUGUCAGGAACACCCAGUAGUGUCCCAAACCUUCAGAAAGAAGCAGCAGUGGAAGUCCUCCAAGCAAGCGCUGUACUGGGCUCUGAUUAACUUGAUAUUGGCUCUGACUGUCUAUUGUGAAAUAGAGUUUAGUGUCAUCAGCACUUCCCUUGAUUUAAGUCAUCCUCUUUUCAAAACUGUCGAGUACAUACUGGUAGUAGUGUUCACCCUAAAUGUUGUGGUAGAUGUCUUCAAAUUCCUGUGGCCAAGACUUACAAGUUCACCUGUGGAACUGACACCAGAACAGCAGAAACUUCUAGGAAUAAAAAAUACAGAGCCAGGGUUUCAAGUUUCUCCCAGCAAGCCUAUGACACCAGGCUCCCCGGAGAAUAACCUGAUAUUUAGCACUAGUGGUUUAUCAAAUCACUCAGGGCUAUCAUCGCUGUCCGGGUCCCCAAGUCCACGUCGGAUGAGUCCUUCCGGCAGUUUCUCUGCUUACAGUUUUCAGGCCAGUCCCUCACUGUCUGCUAGCACUCCCUAUAUGACCAGCUACAUGAACACAGGUUAUAGCCCUUCAUCAUCCUUUGCCAUGGGAGACAGACUGGAUACAAGUGGAACCUUAAGAUCAAGACAUGUGUCACCUGUGCAGAGGUCUCCAGGUAACAUUUCCUCAACAGACAGGAUUACAGAUGAAGAUUCUCUUGCUUCAUACCUUCAAGAUCAAGAUGAUAAAAUGUAUAGGUCUAAACUCAGUGCCAUCGAUGCGUCAAUGGCGAGCAAUUACAGUUCUUCCUUCUGGAACUACAACCAACCUGUCACCGACUACAGCCAUGUGCUCAGGAAAUACCAGUAUCAAGUGGCCAGUCGUUCACCCCAGUUCUCCAGCUUCCGAACUCUUGAUGAUUCCUUUCAGGAGAUCCCUUACUGCGCCAGUGAGGUUUUUGGUAAAUUUGGUGUGACAGAUGAUGACUUGACAAUCUGGAUUGAAAAUCUUAGAAGGUGGAUUUGCCUGACUGUAGUGAGUCGCCUGGUGUCUGAAAUAGAAGCGAUCAACAGUGCCCUGACCAGAAUUGGUUGUGAUGAAAUGCUCAUAGGGGAAGUUAGCGUGACAACUUUAAAAAGACUGGCAUUAACCAAAGCACAGUAUGUCCCGUCACUGAAUGCAGUAGUGCCAUACCUGGAUUUUGGAUCAAACCAAGAGUACAUUGUGAAAAGAAUAAAACAUUUAUCACUUGGUGGCUGUAUGAGCGAUUAUGACUGGAAUGGAGGAGGGAACUAUGGGAAACCCUGGGGAGAGCACCUGCCCACAGAUGCAGCGCUCAUCGCUCACUUGUUUUGCACCUACCUGGACUCAUUGUUACCCGCUGAUCCAAAGUAUCUUGAUGGAAAAACUUUUACAAGCCAGUACUUUUUGAAAACACCAGAUAAGCCAAAUUUGAAGAAAGCAGACAACUUACUUUUGUACCAGGCAAAGAUAAACCCACCUCAUUUUAAUGUAGUAAUAGGUGAAGAAACCUGGACUUUGCCAAAGGGAAGGAACAACCUUUUCUACGCCAUAUUGUUGUUUCUGUACCACAUAAAGACUAAGGAGCAUGGGAUGUUAGGGAGGAUCAACCUGGGUCUGUCGGGAGUGAAUGUGUUGUGGGUGCUGGACAGCCAAGGCUUUCGCAGAGGAGACAAAUUCAAUUCUCCUGGGGCAAGCAAUGGCAUUUAAGACCUAUGCACAAGCAAUGCGAUCCAUUUAAGAGGUUUGUGGUUCCUGUGAACAUUUGGAAUGCUUGUUUGUGAUGACACUGUCAUUAGUCAAACUGGGGACAGAUGUACUGCCUGGAAUGAGAAACUCCAUCAUGACCAGUGCAAAUAUAUGUAUCAUAUAACUGAGGUCAGUCUAUUGUCUUGUAAAUAUGUACAUUUGACUGAAAAAAAAGGAAUUCUUGUAAUUUUACAUGACAUUUCAGGUUGACAGUCUGAUCGUGAAUUUGAAGUGAUGUAUCAUUGCCAGAUUUUUUCGAGUUGAAUGGCAAGAUGUCGCAUUUUCCCAGCAUAUGACAGUUGAAAACAAAAUGUCUCUCGCCAAACACAGAUGUCAUUUAUUAAAGUGAAUGAUUAUGAUAAGAUUUAUUGAAAUGUUUCUUAAGUUUGAAAGUCUUUAAUGUCAUGCUCUAAGAUGUUUAAUGUCUUGUAUAAUUUUUCACCCUUACACAUGAUAUUUGUCUGAAAUGCGGUGAGACAAGCUUCCAUAAAGUAUUAAAGUUACUAGUUGCAGAGUGUUAACUCGCAUUUGAGCAGUACAAGAGUUAUGGAGAGAAAUAGCCCGAAAUGUUGGUACGGGAAAUUUACUAUUAUUCACAUGAAAACUUUCUUAGCAUUAACUUUGGUCAACUUAAUUUUCCCACAAAUAGCUAACCUGUUGCUAUGCUGGUCUAACCAAAAGCGAUCCAUGGCAAUCACACAUGUUCACGAAAAGGACAUUUUUAGAGUCUGCACUGCUGUUGCCGCCGUCUUCAUCUCGUCUUCUUCUCGUCUUCUUCAUGUGAUCUAUGUGGGCAUUGGUAUUCAAAAUGUCAUUGAAGGGAGAUAAUCCAUGGACUCUCUGCCACGUCUUUAUUUACAUUUUGCUGAAGUCAUGACCUCAAAGUCAGUCCUGCUCAAUUAGCAUGAUGGCAGCGAGCUCAGCAGCUGCGGUUGGUUACUGUAUGAUUACCCUGACAACAUAGUUGACGUCAACUUGUAGGUUUAAUAAGGUUUAAUAAGCGUAUAGACAGCAGUAAAUGUUCUUACGAUAAACAUUUGGGGCUGUUUCUCACUGUAACUCUUAAACUGCCUUGGUCAAAUGAAGGUUUAAAUACUCCAUAAUUAUGAAUUUCCAAGCAGGAUUUUUCCGGAUCCAUGUUAACUCAGCAUGAUUGUAGUCUGUCAGUACAAUCCAUACAUUUGUAGAAGUUUAAUCAAUGAAUUUUUCAAAAUUUCAAUUUAAAAGCUUCUUCAUGUUUAAUGAUUACUGAUGGAGUUCUGUAGUUCCAGGUAGUGUUUAUGGUGCUAUUGAAAUGUUUUUCUGGACUAGUUUAUAAACCACUCCAAAUCAAAUAUGUGAGGUAAUGUUUAAUGACCAUCAUCACCAAUGAAAGGAAGUUAAGUGAAUAAAGCUUGAUGUAGGAGAUGGGUGCAAUCGUAGAAAUGAAUCAGAAAAUAUUGUAGAUGCAUGUACGUGUGAAAUUUAUUGUGACAUCUUAAAAUUCUAUCUCACCCAAUGCAUUACCAUUUGUAGAAAAAGGUGUUAGUUCUUAAUCGGAUAUAAAAAAAUAAAGUUUUUUGUAAGAAUACAAAACUUCAACAUAAAUGAUGGUUGUACAGUAAUAUUUUUAUGAACAUGGUUUAUUUUGUGAAUAUUUAAGUUACCAUUGGGUGAAAGCUGGGGGCAAAAUGUGCUGAACAAAGACGGUUUCCAGGCAAUGAAU